GUCGGGCACCGCGACCGGAGCCGGGCCUCGGUCGCCAGAAGCCGGCGAAGGCUGUCUUCCUGAGCUGGCGGUGCGGUGAGGGUCGCCCGGAGGCAUCUGUACCCUGGCCGGGGCUAUGCCUGCGUCCGCCAGGGGCGUCAGCCCCGCAAACCUGCGCCCUCAAGUCAGGCACGGCUGGAGACUCUUGUCCCCCUGGGACUGUGGCAGAGCGCAGUGACUAGUACGUCCUGUGCCCCCCCCCGCGCCCCGAUCCAAGAAACAGGAAAGCCCAAGGAUGGCUGCUGACAUGCAGCGGAAGAGAAGCAAUGAAUGCUCUGAUGGCACAUUGGCACCUUCUGAUGGGCAUAGUAUGGAGAGAGCUGAGAGCCCUACACCAGGACUGGCCCAGGGGAUGGAGCCAGGUGCUGGGCAGGAGGGUGCCAUGUUCGUCCAUGCACGUUCCUACGAAGACCUGACGGAGGCAGAGGACGGGGCGGCUUCCGGGGACAGCCCCAAGGAGGGUGCCUGCAGCCCGCCCCCGCUGCCUACGGACAUGCGCCAGAUCAGUCAGGACUUCAGCGAGCUCAGCACCCAGCUGACGGGUGUGGCCCGCGACCUGCGGGAGGAGAUGCUGCCAGGAAGCUCCGAGGACUGGCUGGAGCCCCCGGGAGCAGCGGGGCGGCCGGCCCCUGAGCCCUCCCGGGAGGGCUCAGCCGAAGGGGAUGAGGACGACGCCACAGAGGCAUGGCGCCUCCACCAGAAGCACGUCUUUGUGCUGAGUGAGGCGGGGAAGCCCGUCUACUCGCGCUACGGGUCUGAGGAAGCACUUUCCAGCACUAUGGGUGUCAUGGUGGCUCUGGUGUCCUUCCUGGAAGCAGACAAGAAUGCCAUCCGCUCCAUCCAUGCAGAUGGCUACAAGGUGGUCUUCGUGCGCCGGAGCCCGCUGGUGCUGGUGGCGGUGGCCCGCACGCGGCAGUCGGCCCAGGAGCUGGCGCAGGAGCUGCUCUACAUCUACUACCAGAUCCUGAGCCUUCUGACCGGCGCCCAGCUGAGCCACAUCUUCCAGCAGAAGCAGAACUACGACCUGCGGCGCCUGCUGUCGGGCUCGGAGCGCAUCACGGACAACCUGCUGCAGCUCAUGGCCCGCGACCCCAGCUUCCUGAUGGGGGCGGCGCGGUGCCUGCCCCUGGCGGCGGCCGUGAGGGACACGGUGAGCGCCAGCCUGCAGCAGGCGCGGGCCCGCAGCCUCGUCUUCUCCAUCCUGCUGGCCCGCAACCAGCUGGUGGCGCUCGUGCGCCGCAAGGACCAGUUCCUGCACCCCAUCGACCUGCACCUGCUCUUCAACCUCAUCAGCUCCUCCUCGUCCUUCCGCGAGGGGGAGGCGUGGACGCCCGUGUGCCUGCCCAAGUUCAACGCGGCCGGCUUCUUCCACGCGCACAUCUCCUACCUAGACCCCGACACCGACCUCUGCCUGCUGCUCGUCUCCACCGACCGCGAGGAUUUCUUUGCCGUCUCCGACUGCCGCCGGCGUUUCCAAGAGCGCCUUCGCAAGCGUGGAGCCCACCUAGCCCUGCGAGAGGCCCUGCGCACGCCUUACUACAGCGUCGCCCAGGUGGGCAUCCCGGACCUGCGCCAUUUCCUCUAUAAGUCAAAGAGCUCAGGACUCUUCACCAGUCCGGAGAUUGAGGCCCCGUACACCAGUGAAGAGGAGCAGGAGCGGCUGCUGGGCCUCUACCAGUACCUGCACAGCCGCGCCCACAAUGCCUCGCGCCCUCUCAAGACCAUCUACUACACAGGCCCCAACGAGAACCUUCUAGCCUGGGUGACAGGUGCCUUUGAACUCUACAUGUGCUACAGCCCCUUGGGGACCAAGGCAUCAGCUGUCAGCGCCAUCCAUAAGCUAAUGCGCUGGAUUCGUAAAGAGGAAGACCGCCUCUUCAUCCUCACGCCCCUCACCUAUUGAUGGGUGGCUGUGCGGACUCAGCCUUACCAGGCACACUGGGCUUGGAAAGCCAUGGGAGCCUCCAGGUGGGGCCGGCUUCUGUCUAACCAGCAGGCUGGGACUGUGGGUUGUUGUGUGCGUUAAAGUACUUUGGAAGACA